AACUUUUCUUGUCUCUUCUGCCGCGUGCGCGCGCCGGCGCCGAAGGGACGCCAGCGAGCAAAAAUCAGGUCAGACUGCCAUCUCCGGUGAUCUCUCUUCUGCUCUGAGCCAAGGUGGCAAGCAACCUUCUGCCAAGCCGCUUUACCGUCCCCCGUCCGUUCUCCGUUGAAACUCUUGCUGUGUGUGCGCCGCAGCACCGGACGCCCACCACCUGUUCGGCGUAACGCAGCACUAGCAAGAACAAGAAAGCAUCCAUGGCGAGCGGCGCCGACCGUAUCAGCGCCCUCCCGGAGGAGGCCCUCCUGCACGUGCUGGCCUUCUUGCCGGCUCACGAAGCGGUGCAGACGAGCGUGCUGGCCCGGCGCUGGCGCCACCUCUGGAGGUCCGUGCCUCGCCUGUGCAUUGUCCAACAGGACAGGUUCGACACCAUCGAGGAGAUGGAUAAGUUCGUCAACCAUCUGCUGCACCUCCGAGACCACUCCUCGGCUCUGGAGGAGUGUCGGUUUGAAGUCAAAUCAUACUUUCAAGAGGAUUGUAAGCACGUCGACCUCUGGCUUAGGCAAGCUCUGUGUUGUCAAGUCCGGUCACUGCUGUUCGAUUCGUACAGUCUGUAUGAACUCUCGGUGCUGGGUGAUACACCUCUAAUCUCACAGCGUUUGAGAAAACUACAUCUUGACAGUGUAAGGCUAAAAGGCUGCUUCCUGGAUUUCUCAUGCUGCCCGGUUUUAGAGGAUCUAAAGAUGGUAUCUUGCAGCCUGGACAGCCACAGGCUCUCCUCCAAAUCACUAAAAUGGUUGAGCAUUACUCACUCUGAUUUUGAGUUUAGUACCCACGCCUGUAUUUAUGCCCCGAGCCUCCUAUCACUAGAAAUAGCUGAUUUAGACGAGGGUUUGUGUCCUUUGCUUGAGAGCAUGCCGUCAUUAGUUUCAGCAUUCAUUAGAGUUGGAAGAAGCUGCGAAGAUUAUACCAUAAUGGAUGAUGACGACCCUUCGGUGGUUCUCGACGGUUUAUCUGACGCUUCAAAUUUGGAGUUGACAGUUGAAGCUGGUAAAACGUUUGCACCUUUUCGGUGUACGUUAAUAAGGGAUUUUAGAUGGUGCCCAACAUUUAGCAACUUGAAGACGCUAUUACUCAAGGAGUGGUUCUUGGCCGCUAAUGUUAAUGUGUUAAUUUGUUUUCUAAAGUACUCACCUAUCCUAGAGAAGCUGACGCUUCAACUCUGUAAGAAUGCCAAAUAUAUAAUGGAACAGGAAGGACGCUCCAUACCCUCCGUACCGAGGGAAUAUUGCUCUGCAUCUAAGCACCUUAAGAUUGUUCAAGUCAAAUGUAAUGAGAUCGAUGAGAUGGUCCGUGAAGUUGUGAAGGUCUUAAGUUCUUGCGGUGUACCUUCUGACCAUGUUAAUGUCCAACAGUGGAAAUCUCGAUCCAGCAGUUUCAGUUUCGAGCAGAAGGAAUAGCUGGGUGAUCAAUAGUCGAUGGAUCUAUGAUAAUUGUCUCUUUGUUAUUAAGUAAUACAUAUAUCGCUGUAGUUUGUAGCAAUGAGGUUGCUAUCUUUUUUUACGAGUAUAUAUCAUGCAUCAUGUCACCCUAAAUUUGAUUAUGUUAGCUGUUGGAUGCAGUCAGAACUGGUUUAAAUGGUUUUAGCCCCCUUCACGUAUGAGUUUUCAAGCAGAUCCUGCCCUGGCAUCUUAUUGGCAGCGCUGGAUGCAAUAGUAAGAGUCAUUCCAGUACUCUUCCAGCUGUACAUUUUGUUUCAUUUUAGGUAACUGGAAUAAGGUUUAACUCUUCUUAAUUGGACAAUUGGAGUAUUCCAAAUCGUUCCUUUCCCUGUU